UACUCCUCCGGUUUAAUAGAGCGGUGUGUGUGUGGAUUUGCUUGUGCAUGGCUCUUAAACAUGAAUUCAGAAGCUUUCUGAAUCACCUUCUAAACUCGCAGUUACUUUUGUGUGUACUGUUUGCUUUAAGUUUUUAGUCUCUGAGCGCUCUCUAAAUGAGACAGAAGUUUGUGUGUUCACAUUUUUACUUUGACGUGUUGAUCCUGCUUUUAUGUCGAGCAUUGGGUGUAGUGUUAGUCUCUGAGUGUGUUUCGUGUCUCAUCUGGAGUGUGAGGGAGAGCUGCUUAAUAACUCUGAUUAAACUAUGACUUCACUUUGUGCUGGCAAUAUUGAUGUGCAAGUGGUCUGCUGACAGAUUGCUCAGUAUUUAAAUCAGUAAACAGAGUGGGAUAUUAACACAUUAUAAAAGCUGAGAGACAGUAUAACACAGUAAUAAUCCAGCAUAAACCACAGGCUGAUGGCUCCUCUGGCUGAGACUCAUCCCGCCUCGCCGCCACCGGAACUCGGAGCGGACGCGGACAAACAUGAGCCCCAAACCCCGACGCGCACCCUCAGUCCCUGGCCCGCGCAGCAGUGGGAGCCGGAGCAGGAGGAAGAGGUGGACCCGUGGGAGCUGCCGGAGCUCCUGGACACCGGGGUGAAGUGGUCAGAGUUGGACCGGCGCGGAAAGGUCCUGCGGGUCUGCACCUCUGUCCUGAAGUUGCUGCUGCUGCUCGGCCUGCUCUACAUGUUCGUCUGCUCCCUGGACAUCCUCAGCUCUGCUUUCCAGCUGGUCGGAGGGAAGGCAGCGGGGGACAUCUUUAAAGAUAAUGCGGUGCUGUCCAACCCUGUGGCCGGGCUGGUGAUCGGGGUGCUGGUCACGGUUCUAGUCCAGAGCUCCAGCACCUCCUCCUCCAUCGUGGUCAGCAUGGUAUCGUCUGGAUUGCUGGAGGUGAAGUCAGCAGUGCCUAUCAUCAUGGGUGCAAAUAUCGGCACUUCAGUAACAAACACUAUUGUGGCUGUGAUGCAAGCUGGAGACCGCAAUGAGUUUCGCAGGGCUUUUGCGGGGGCGACGGUGCAUGACUUCUUCAACUGGCUGUCGGUGCUGGUGCUCCUGCCUCUGGAAGUGGCCUCAGGGAUGCUCUACAGACUCACCAAACUUGUGAUCGAUUCCUUCAACAUCCAGACGGGCGCAGACGCUCCAGACCUGCUGAAAGUCAUCACAGAGCCGCUCACCAAGAACAUCAUUGAGCUGGACACCUCUGUGAUUCGUGACAUCGCCACUGGAGACCCUGCUGCCCGAAACAAAAGUUUGAUCAAGAUCUGGUGUAAAACGGAAAAAAUUACGAACCUGGUGAACGUGACCGUCCCGGGAAUCGCAAACUGCACUCCGGACGCCCUGUGCUGGGUGGAUGGAGACUUGAUCUGGACCCAAAAGAACCAAACCGAUACCAUCUACUUGAAGAAAUGUACGCACAUGUUCGUGUUUGCGGAUCUGCCUGAUCUGGCGGUGGGUUUGAUCCUGCUGGCUCUGUCUCUGCUGGCUCUCUGCACAUGCCUGAUCCUCAUAGUUAAACUGCUGAACUCCAUGCUGAAGGGUCAGGUGGCCGUCGUCAUCAAAAAAGUGCUCAACACAGAUUUCCCCUUCCCCUUCGCCUGGGUUACAGGAUACCUGGCCAUCCUCGUGGGAGCCGGAAUGACCUUCAUUGUUCAGAGCAGCUCCGUCUUCACCUCCGCCAUCACUCCUCUAGUCGGUAUUGGUGUGAUCAGUUUGGAGAGAGCAUAUCCACUCACACUGGGCUCCAACAUCGGCACAACCACCACUGCUAUACUGGCGGCCAUGGCCAGUCCUGGAGAAACACUGGCCAACUCGCUACAGAUUUCUCUGUGUCACUUCUUUUUCAACAUCGCUGGUAUCCUGCUGUGGUACCCCAUCCCCUUCACACGUGUGCCCAUCCGACUGGCCAAAGCGCUGGGCAACCGUACAGCUAAAUACCGCUGGUUUGCGGGCCUGUAUCUCAUUCUCUGCUUUCUGCUGUUUCCGUUGACCGUCCUGGGACUCUCCAUUGCAGGAUGGCAGGUCCUGGUGGGCGUCGGGGUGCCAGUGUUGGUGCUCGCCAUCUUUGUGAUUGUGGUGAACGUCAUGCAGAAACGAUGCCCUCGCUUUCUGCCCUCGUUCAUCCGCAGUUGGGAGUUUCUGCCCAAACCGCUGCACUCCCUGAAGCCCUGGGACCGAGUGGUGACUGCGGGAAUGAGCUUCUGCAGGACUCGCUGCUGCUGCUGCUGUAAAUGCUGCAGAAAUGAAGAGAAAAACCACGUGGAGAACAACGACAGGAGCCUGGAGAUGUAUGACAACCCAGCACUCGCUAUAGAGGACGAGGCUAAAGUGACUGCUACACAUUUAUAAUGCUACAUGGACUCCAUUUUAAUUUAUGCAAGUCGUGUUUUGAUGAUCGCAGGGUGAAGCACCAUGACUUUUUAAGCUGCUAUUGGUUUUUAGUUUGGUUAUAAUGCUGCAUUGAGAUGCCUUGUUGAGAUUAGAGCGAUGGCGAAACAACAUCGUUUGAGAAAUCGGUUCUGCAUCAAAUCUGAGUUUCUCAAAUUGCAUUGCGACUCGGAUCGAAUCGGAGGUUAGUUUUUAAAAGCAGAUGGUGCUGUGUGCAGCUGUUAAACACCAGCCUAGAGCGCCAUCAGCUGUUAAACACCAGCCUAAAGUGCUGUUAAACACCAGCCUAGAGCUCCAUCUAAUGUUUAUCACCAACCUAGAGCUCUAUCUGCUCUUAAACACCAGCCAAGAUCGUUGUCUACUUUUCAACACCAGUCUAGAGCGCCAUCUGCCAUUAAACACUAGCCUAGAGCGCCAUCUGCUGUUUAACACCAUCCUAGAGCGCCGUCAUCUGUUUAACACCAGUCUAGAGCGCCAUCUACUGUUCAACACCAGUCUAGAGCACCAUCUGCUGUUUAACACCAGCCUAAAGUGCUGUUAAACACUAGCCUAGAGCUCAAUCUUAUGUUUAUCACCAACCUAGAGCUCUAUCAGCUCUUAAACACCAGCCUAGAUCGUCGUCUGCUGUUCAACACCAGUCUAGAGCACCAUCUGCUGUUUAACACCAGCCUAGAGCGCCGUCAUCGGUUUAACACCGGCCUAGAGCGCCAUCUGCCAUUAAACACUAGCCUAGAGCGCCAUCUGCUGUUUAACACCAUCCUAGAGCGCCGUCAUCUGUUUAACACCAGUCUAGAGCGCCAUCUACUGUUCAACACCAGUCUAGAGCACCAUCUGCUGUUUAACACCAGCCUAGAGCGCCGUCAUCG